AUAAGCAGGAUGGGCAGUGGCUCUCCACAGCCAGCCUUAUUCCCUCUUUCUCCCUGCUGCCUGCCUUUCCCACUGGCUAAUUUUGGCCAGGUCGAGUGAGGGAGCUUUGUGCCUGCUGCUGCCUUCGGAAAGAGAGACCUGGGGGACCCCGAAGGAUGGCCAUGAAGCUGUGGGGCACAGUCCUCCUCUCCCUGGCUUUGUCCAGCUUCUGCUGUGAUGGGGUUACAAUAUCCACGAGUACUCAAGAAACUUCUGGGACUCCCAUGAUUCAUGCCACUUCAGCAACAAAAACUACUACUUCGUUGAACAUGGUUGCAACUACUACCAUUAAAGACCAGAGUUCUCAGAGCCCUGAUACCAAGGCAAAUAAAACAGGCAGAUUAGAAAAGGCCAUGGAAGCUGGACCUAAAAUAACAGCAGGCACAACUGAAUCAUCUACAAAGAUUCUUAUGACUUCAGCAUCCAGCUUGACUCUAGCAAUUUCAGACCAGAGUUCUCCGAGCCCUGAUACCCAGCCAAAUACAACAAACAGAUUAGAAAAAGCAACUGAUGCUGGAUCUAAAAACAAUUCAGCAUUAACUAAUCAGGAAACACAAGAGGACGUUUCUUACAGUGGUAUUAUUUUGCCAGUUGUCAUUGCCCUAAUAGUAAUAAGUGUCAUCGUAUUCCUUUUAAUGGCUUUGUACCGAAUGUGCCUGAAGACAACACCAGAGAGGCAAGAGAAUGGAACUGAACAAGCCCCAUCGGAUAAAGAGAAUGUGAAACUCAUUUCUGUUAAGACAACUUCUCCAGACUCAGGCAUGUUCAGUUUCUUGACCCUUUCCUCCUAUGACUUGCCUUUAGGCAUGUCGUUACCUUUGGAAUCCUUCAAACCAAUCAGAGCAGACUUCUCAAGGAAGGAAUAAAACUCGGCAGCAUAACGAUUCCUCCUCAUGCCAGGGCAACAAAUGCAUGUGAAGAAUUCCUGUUUCAUUCUUGAAACCAGUGACUCCAGUUGGAUUUUCUUGAUGUGAAUCAAGAGCAUCUAUGCAUCAAUGAAAAGAAUGUGCCCACUUUAUUUCUCUGUAAUUUUGCCAUGUUGCUAUGUUUUUCUGUAUAUGCCUGCUGUUUACCUCUGAAAAUGCUUUUGUAGUUUUUUUUCUCUCUCUCUCUCUCAGUUUCCAAUGCUCUGUAGGACCUAUUUAUUGCUUUCCAAAUACAUAAGGCGGAUAAAAAUCACAUAUUAUGAAACUAUGUAAAAACGCAUUUGACUUUUGCGGUUUCUGAUACCUCUGUAUAUAAAAAUAAUUUCUGCCUGUUAAUACAUUUCUUUGUGUGCUUUCAAUAAUUAAAUAAUACCACAAUAUUAAAUAUUGUGGCCAUAUGCAGGUCU